CUUGUGAAAGAAAAACCAAAGGGUGAAAUUAUAAUUAGAGGAAUAAAAAAUAUAACAGAAAAAAAAGUAGAAUUCGAGAGGCAUACUCCUAGAUAGAAUUUAGAAAUCAAGAGAACAAGAAGAACUUGUUGAUUCCUUCAAACUGGUUCUUAGGGUUUUAUUGAAUUUCGAAAAUUGUUCAUGAAAAUGUGAGGUCGCCAUCAUGGUAGAUUAAGGUCUAUUGCAGUUGAUUCCAUUGUUGCGUUUUUCUUCGAAUUUAAUUACUACCAUCUUUCUAUUACCAGUUAUCGUUCGUGUGGAUUUCAAGUUGUCUGUCAACAUGAGCAAUGAAGUUUUUGAUAUCAAGAUUUUUGCCGAUAAACUCUCUAAACUCAACAAUUCGGCACAAUGUAUAGAAUCGUUAUCCCAUUGGUGUGUUUCCAACCGUAAGAAAGCGAGGCAGAUUGUUGAAACAUGGGAGAAAAUGUUCAAGUCAUCUCAAAAAGAGCAAUGUGUUCCUUUUCUUUAUCUUGCAAAUGAUAUAUUGCAAAACAGCAGGCGAAAGGGCAGUGACUUUGUGAAUGAGUUCUGGAAAGUUCUUCCAGCUGCACUUAAACAUGUACAUGCUAAUGGUGAUGUAAGUGGAAAGAGGGCAGCGACAAGAUUGGUUGAAAUAUGGGAAGAAAGAAAGGUUUUUGGAUCUCGUGCUCAGAGUCUUAGAGAUGAACUCAUGACCAACAAGACAAACGAACCUGCUCCACAAGUCAGCAAUGAAAACGUUGCCAAUCCUAUCAAAAUUGUGAAGAAGGAUGCACAGUCAAUGAGGAUUAAAUUGGCUGUUGGAGGAUUUCCUGAAAAGAUUGUUUCAGCAUUUCAUUGUGUCCAUGAUGAAUGUUCGAAUGAAGAGCAUAUAAUGGGUAAAUGCAAUGUAGCUGUACAUUCUGUUGAAAGAAUGCUGAAGGAAGUAGAAAAUAUCAGCAGUCAAGGAAUUCAGCCAGCAACAGUAAUACCGGAUGAGAUGCAGGAGCAGGAAAAUAUCCUUCAUGAAUGUGCCAGACAACUUGAAGGCGCAGAAUUAACUCGGGUGACUCUGGUUUCUCUCCUGCAAGAAGCAAUUCAGGAUCAAGAAGCACAGUUGGAGACUCUAAGGCUCCAAUUGCAGAUUGCUCGUAGUCGAAUUAAUGAAGUUGGAAUCCUGAGGUCAAAGCUAUCAUCCCACAAUCAUGGUGUAUCAUCUGCACCGGUUCAUGUUUUGACUGAACCACCAAUGGCAGGAGAGCUUAAUAACCCAAGCUUGCAGGCAAGCAGUCUUCAGAUUCCUCUCAGUCAACCAAUUGGCAGUCAACAGAUUCCUGCUCAACAAGUUUCUCAAACUCCGAGCCAACGCACAGCUGCUUUUGCCCCAAUGGCAGUAAUUGAUGAAGAGAGCAAAAAGGCUGCUGCCGCUGCUGUUGCUGCCAAACUUGCUUCUUUCACAUCCUCAGCGCAAAUGCUUACCUCGGUCCUUUCUUCCCUUGUGGCUGAAGAGGCUGCUUCAAAGAAUGAUGGAUCGAAAACGGCAGCAUUUUCUUCUAGUCUACCCACUUUCUCACCUGGGAAACGGGUGAAACUGGAACAGCCAUCAUCAGGAACAGAUCCUGCAAAUCUUGAUGCUGGAAGCUCACCCUAUUUCACCCAUCUCCAGCAACCAAUUUCAAACAAUCAAGUGUUGCAGUCGAUCAUUCCGUCUUCAUUGGGCCCACCUCCUCCACCCCCACCUCCGCCGCCUCUGAUGCCUACCAUGAUGCAUAAUAUGAUGCCUUAUGGAUUUAAUGGUGGAAACAGCCUACCUCCUCCCCCACCUUUGCCAUCUCAUGUUGCCAUGAACCUUGCACGGCCUCUUGUCCCGCCAAGUCCACAGCCACUCCAGCCUCCUCUGCAACUAGGUCAACACCAGAAUGCAAGUGGUGGAUUUUAUCGGCCCCCUGGUAUUGGUAUUUAUACUUCAAAUAAUCAGCCUUCAACAUCACCUAUGCAGCGGCAGUAGGUUGUGCUGCAACUUUAUGGGGGAACGGAUGUUUUAUAUAUCUCCCAAGUCCCAUGCGCCUGUACAUUAUCGGCUUCUUUCUCACUUGUAGGCUAUACACCUGCACAAUAGUGUCUCUCUAAUAUGAUGGAUGUGAAAUAUGUAGUAUUAAGGCAUUAUUAGUUACAUUUGUAGUUUAGACUUGUUCCUUUUAUAAAACAUCCAUUAGCAUCUAGUUCUUUUGGGUUACAUUGAAGAACAAUUGAGCAAAAUCCAUCUUAAGUGGUCACUGACACCAUUAAAGGAAUUCAGCUAGAUCUAGAUGGUGAAGAUGUAGAAACAGAAAAUAUUUUGCACUAUUUUAAAAAGACUUGUUUCAUUCUCUUUAAAUUUUGUAAUCUCUCUUCUCUAUCAUUAUUUUUCAUAAUCCAACUCUUGGAAGGCUUCCGUCUUAAAUGUUACAGCAAGUCUUGUACUAGAUUGUUUCCGUAACACCAUC